GAAAAGGCCUCGAGCGAGAGCGUAGGGUUGGAAGCAUCUCCCUCCCUCCCUCCCUCUACUCUCUCGCACUUCGAGAUCCUCUGCUUCCCAAUAAUCGAUCUCUUCCUCUUUUCCAUUCCUCCUUGAGAUCCAUUCCGCUUCUUUUGAUCCAUUCUCUUUCCCUCUUUCGGGCGUGAUCUGAUCUCCGUUUUUCGCUUGUUCGAUUGAUCCCUGUGGUUCUGGGGAUGGGAUAUAUAGGUCACCAUGGAGUUGCGACGCUGCACAAGUAUAAGUAUAGCGGGGUUGAUAAUUCUCUUUUGGCCAAGUAUGUCUUGCAGCCCUUUUGGAGCCGUUGCGUUACUCUCUUUCCUCUUUGGAUGCCACCGAACAUGAUCACACUUACAGGCUUUCUGUUUCUAGUGGCAUCAGCUCUUCUUGGUUAUAUAUAUUCACCUCAUUUAGACACAGCUCCACCACGAUGGGUUCACCUUGCUCAUGGAUUGCUCCUUUUCCUGUAUCAGACUUUUGAUGCUGUUGAUGGUAAGCAAGCAAGGCGUACAAAUUCAUCAAGUCCACUAGGGGAGCUUUUCGACCAUGGUUGUGAUGCUCUUGCAUGUGCGUUUGAGUCAAUGGCCUUUGGGAGCACUGCCAUGUGUGGGAGAACAUCUUUCUGGUUUUGGGUGAUUUCAGCUGUACCCUUCUACUUUGCCACAUGGGAGCACUUUUUCACCAAUACAUUAAUUCUUCCUAUAGUAAAUGGACCAACUGAAGGUCUGAUGCUGAUCUACGUGUGUCAUUUUCUUACAUUCUUUUUGGGAGCUCAGUGGUGGGCACAAGACUUCAGAAAGUCGAUCCCUUUUUUGUAUUGGGUGCCUGUCAUUCCUGAAAUCCCGUUCUAUGAUGUUGUGCUGUUCUUAAUGAUUGCUUUUGCUGUACUCCCCACUAUUGGGUCCAAUAUUGGCAAUGUCCAUAAGGUUGUCCAGGCAAGAAAGGGAAGCAUGUUGUUGGCUCUAGCAAUGCUCUUUCCAUUUUGUGUACUCAUGGCUGGAGUACUUAUUUGGUCAUUUCUGUCUCCUUCUGAUAUUAUGCAGAACCAUCCCCAUUUGGUUAUUAUUGGUACUGGAUUUGCAUUUGGGUUUCUAGUGGGAAGAAUGAUUCUAGCCCACCUGUGUGACGAACCAAAAGGCUUGAAAACCGGAAUGUGCAUGUCCUUGCUAUAUCUACCCCUUGCUAUUGCGAAUGCACUGACUGCUAAGCUCAAUGAUGGAGUUCCAUUAGUGGAUGAGGGUCUAGUUCUCCUCCUAUAUUGCGUAUACACAGUCGGACUUUACUUGCAUUUUGCAACAUCAGUUAUCCAUGAAAUCACCACUGCCCUUGGUAUCUACUGUUUCAGGAUAACAAGGAAAGAAGCUUAGAACAUGAUCAGAAUUCUGGUCAUUAUUUUUCUGGAUUGCAUAUUUAUCACCAUUUGAGGAUGGUAUUCCUCAAACCUGAUAGGAUGAAUGUAGCGUUAUUAUUUAUCAUCAAACAUUGCUGAUUCUCCCCUAAUUAUUUACUCCAACUCUUCAUUUGGGGAUUUUGCAUUAAAACAGUAUAAAGAACACUGAAAAACAAGCACGGAAUCAACUAAACUUGUGGAGAUGAAUUGUGCUUAUUUUUUAAAUAGGUGGAAGGAAUUUUUGGCAAA